CUGCAGUUUUAGUCGAUCGUCGAUGAGUAUCGCGCGCUUUCAGUUGACAUUCAAAUUUAAUUUUUAAAAAUGUUUAAAAUUUUUUUAUCCAUUGCAAUAGUGGUAAUAAUAAUAGUCAUUACACUCUAUUAUUAUUUGAUAAAAAAUUAUAAUUAUUGGAGGAAACGAAAAGUGACCGGACCAAGUCCGCAAUUAAUAUUCGGAAAUACUAAAAAAUCUUCUUUACUCGAGACCACUAUUUCGGAGUGCAUUAAAAAUAUAUAUGACAAUUAUCCUGAUGAGCCUUACGUCGGAAUUUACGAACUACGGACUCCGGUUUUAUUGCUCCGAAAUCCGGAAAUAAUAAAAUUAGUUCUCAUUAAAGAUUUUUCACACUUUCAAGGACGUGGGAUAGCAAUGAAUGAGAAUUCAGAUCCACUAUCAGCCAAUUUAAUAAAUUUAACAGGAACAAAAUGGCGGACCUUAAGGACAAAAUUAACGCCAGCUUUCACUUCCGGUAAAAUAAAAAAUAUGUUUGAAAUGUUCGUUGACUCUUCAAAUAAAUUUCGGAAAUUUGUUGUAAAGUUUGCUGACGCGGAAGAAACGGUCGAGUUCCGCGACCUGGCGGCGAAAUUUACAACUGACAUUAUAAGUACAUGUUGUUUCGGAUUGGAAACGAAUACGAUCCAAGACAACGAUUCAGAAUUCCGAAGUAUGUGUCGAAAGGUAUUGGAUCCUUCAUUGACUAUUGGUUUGAAACGAUUGGUACGAUGGUACUUACCUGGAUUAUUCAAAUACCUGCAGAUGAGUUUGACGCCAAUCGAGGUCAGCAAUUAUUUCAUGAACUUGGUCAAGAACAUGAUUGACUACCGUAUUGCCAACAAUUAUCAUCGUAAUGAUAUUUUGCAAUUACUGAUGAAAUUGAAAGAUCAUAAAUUAAGCAUCGAUGACAAUAACAAUCAUGAUUUUGAUGAUAAACAUUCCGAUAUAAUUAUCGAUGAUCGCACGAUAGCGGCACAGGCCUACAUAUUCUUAUUAGCUGGUUUCGAAACCUCUUCAACUACCAUGAGCUUCACGAUGUUCGAACUCGCGGUAAAUCAAGAAAUUCAACAGAAAGUUUACGAAGAAAUCAUCGAGAAAAUAAAGAAAUAUGGAAAAUUAUCUUGGGACGCCAUUGCGGAAAUGGAAUAUCUCGACUGUGUAAUCCGAGAAACCCUGCGGAAGCAUCCGCCAGUUGGUCUAGUGCCACGGGUUUGUAACGAAGAUUACAUUCUGCCGACUACAAAUUUGGUCAUUGAAAAAGGAGUGACAGUUCUGAUUCCAAUCCAUGCGAUUCAUCACGACCCAAAAUAUUACAAAAAUCCCGAAAAAUUUGAUCCCGAUCGUUUCUUUAUGGAUAAAAAUAACAACAAACACCGCGACUGUGUUUUCUUACCAUUCGGUGCCGGACCACGAAUUUGUAUCGGUUAUAGAUUCGCGCAUGCGCAGACCAAAGCCGGUAUCGUAGCGCUCCUGAUAGACUACAAAGUUUCACUGGGUAAAAAUAUGGCGCCCACAUUAGACUACGAUCCGAUAGCGAACAUUCUGACAAACAAAUUAGGAAUCUGGUUGAAAAUAAAUUGGAGAAAUAAAUAAAUAUAAUAAUUCGUUUAUUCGACGAAUACAUUCAAUAUAUUGUCCCAGCACGAGAUUAAACUUCGGGUAUCGUCGGAUUUUUACCCCCACUAUGAACGUUCUAUGAACAGUCAAAUUCCAUUGGGUCUGAAAUUCCCCUCAAUCUUGACCCCUUCCCCUUUCGAGUUACGCUGUCCCCCACUCGAUACUACAUAUUUUUAUCUGUGUCUUUAUAAUGGCAUUAUUCAUAUGAAUGUCACAGCGCAUGCGCGUAGGUGACUCUUCAAAGAAGAAGGGGCAUUCCAUAAGUCUGAAUUUCCAAGAUACUUCUUCUUCUUCAUCAACUAGAUGUCAGACUAAAUGGAAUUCGGCUGUACUGGAUAUUCUCCCACUUUUUUGCGCAUGCGCAGUUUAUAAGUGUUCGGUAGUAAGAGGAAUUCCCAAAGUUCAAUCUCUUACUGGGACCACAAUUCACAUUAUAUGUUAAUCUUUAUGAUUAACUACUGAUGGAACUUUAUUAACUACAUAAAAUGUAUAGUAAUUACGGUUAAAUAAAGAACAUACUGAAGCAGUAGCUUCUAAAAUUAUUGUCAAUGGUGAGAAUAAAAUCAAAAUUAUUAACAUAACCGAUGAAAGCAUACUAUAAUUUUCAAAUGGAAACGAUUUAAUGGAACCAUAAAUGUGCGAAUAAACACCGACGAUGCCGACGAAAGUAGCGGGUAAAUCGAUAAGGAUGUGGUAUUCUAGAUCAAUUAUAAAGGGAAAAAAGCUACACAGAACUGUUAUAGGUGACGUGUAAUACGAGAAGUACGCAAUAGCGACGAAUAUUUUAUUUUUUAAAGGAAUGAGAUUGGAGAUUACGACUAAGUCGUAACCAUGGUGCCAACGUAUACGUUGUUGGAUAAAAUCGGAUAUCGUGAAUGGAGAUUUUUCCCACAUCUCGCCCUCGAUGAAGUUGAAGGUGUAGCCGAGGCUGUCAGCUUUCAAUGCGAAGAAACAGACCUCAGCUAUGGAACUGUCCAGUCCGUUGUCGAAGGACACGCGUUUCUCGACACCAGCCUGAAAAAGGUCAAAUAAGAAAAUUAAUCGAAUAAAUAUCAGAGCUGGACCUUAAAUGAAUUACUGACCUGGGUG